AUGUAUGUAUACGUGCCCGCUGGUUUCAGCUCUGGACUUCCGGAUAUUGGAGCCCUACUUUCACCACGAAAACUAGAAAUCGGCCGGAAACUGUAUCACACUGUUGGGAAAGACGAUUCCCGGCUCUCGAUCCAAAGCGAGGACCCGACCAACCCAUUCCCCACCAUCACUGUAAGGAUAAGCAUGGUAGAAGAAACAAAGAAUAUCAGUCGAAAGGACCGUCGGCGAGAGGAGCGAGUCCGCAAGAAACAGAAGCGGCGUCCCCCACCGGUCCCGUCCGAGCUCCUGGAAGAGGCGCACGUCGAACCUGUCGUCGUGGCAAGUAAGGACAAGAAGAAACGCAAGGGCAAAGUUCAAGAUUUACCCGAACGAAAAUUGGCGAAACAAAAUGAUGCUUACGGACACCUGGAGUCGGGUGUGGCGGCGGCCUUGCGUCGUGACGACGAAGAAAUCGCUGCACUCGAAGCCAAAUUGAAAUUGUCCAGUAAGGCGGACAAAUCUCGGCUUAAUAAAGAAUACGCCAAACUCGAAGGAUACGGUGACGAUUUUGGGGACUUUUUGGACGAUCUGGAUGGCAUCAUGCAACGAGUGACUCACGGUGAAGAUUUUGCGGACGAGGGCGACCUAGAAAGCUAUGUACAGAUAAGGAAUGACGUAAAAACCAUCGAGACCAACAAGUCACAGAACAGAGCAAAGGCAAAGACAGCGGUUUAUUCCAACUUGGACUGGCAUGUGGCAGCUGCACUCCGUCGCGAUGACGAAGAAAUAGCUGACCUCGAAGCUAAGUUAGGCCUCGGAAACAAAAAGGAAAAGAGCCGACUGAAAAAGGAAUACGCCAAGCUCGAGGGCUAUGGCGACGACUUUAUCGACUUUUUGGACGAUUUGGAUCAUUUGACGGAUCGAGUAGUUAAACAAUCGAAAAAGGAAGAUUCAGACGACGAUAACGAUACUAGCCCUGACGAUGACGGCCAAUCAGAAAGCGAAGGUGAAGAAAUAAUCCCGAUGAAAGAACCGGCUUUUAACGAUCUCGACGAGGACGACAGCGUAAUGGAUAGUCUCGAGUCGACUCAAAGCAGUGACUCCUCGGAUCAUGAGGCUUUAGAAGAUGAUAUGACUAGGGACAGAUCUGAAUCUCAAGAGAAUUUGCAAUCUGAUGAUAUGGACAUAGAACAGGACCAUGAACCCGAACAUACGUACCGACCAUCAGCUGGCGAAAACAUUUACGGAAAAGAGAUUGGCGCAGCAGAGAAUAUGGAAAAACCCCGCAAGUACGUUCCGCCUCACUUAAGAAAUACGCAAGAAGUGGAGGGGAAAGAGGACAGCGCUGCAAGGCAAGACGCCCUGCGUGAAAUUCAAAGAUCUUUGAACAAUGCAUUGAAUCGACUUUCCGACGACGCAUUGAUUUCAGUAGCUCAAUCGAUUUGUCAGCUGUAUCCGAUGCAUCCGACUUCAGAUGUGAAUACAAUGAUUUGGAAUAACUUGCAAAACGCAUGUAUCGCCAGAAGCCACCUGAUGACAGGACUGAUUCCUGCUUAUGUGGCUGCCAUAACCGGUGUACAUAUUGAAAAGGGCGACACCGCUCAACUUGGGGAGUUUUUGAUAGAAAAGACGGUUUUGGAAAUCUGGAAAAAAUUGGAGGUUAUCCGGUCGGUCAACAGUCAGAAUGAUAGCCCCCUAGGAGAAGAGUCUUUGACUGUAAAUAAGGAAACCAGCAAUCUUAUACUGGUUCUCUGCUACCUCUACAACUUUGGCGUCGUUCAUUGCUCCCUUAUCUACGAUGCUAUACGAAACUUGAUUGAAAGCUUUACCGAAAUUGAUGUGGAAUUACUUCUUCUUAUUUUGAGUCACUCUGGCCGCGCACUGAGGAGUGACGACCCGUUGGCCUUAAAAGAAAUUGUUUUCCUUGUCCAAAAACAAUAUACUAUUGCAAAAAAAAGUAACACGAAUGCUUCGCGCUUGGAGUACAUGGUUUCGGCAGUCAUUGAUUUGAAGAACAAUCGAAAGCGGAAACAAGACGCGUUACUCGAAGAAAAGACGACGAAGCUACGGAAACUCCUCGGUCAAAUAAAAUCUAAGGUGGCUCAGAACAACGUUGGCUAUAAAGCUUCCGAUUCAUCGCUCCGGAUUGGUCUUAGAGACAUAUUCAAUGCAGAAACCAAGGGGCGUUGGUGGAAAGUUGGAGCAUCUUGGGUCGGCCAUCUGGUAGGAGAGAAAAGUAGCGAAUCACCAAACCAAGGGACGACAAACGAGGUCAAACCUUCGAUAGAAGACGAAAAAUUAUUGAGAUUAGCGUCAAAACAUCGCAUGAAUAGUGAUACGCGGCGAUCGAUCUUUUGCAUAAUCAUGAGUUCUGCUGACUGUGAAGAUUGUUUUGAAAAACUCGUCAGGGCGGGAAUGCUAAAAAACCGCGUCGAACGAGAUACUGUACGAGUCCUCAUUGAAUGCUGUGGCAACGAGAAAGCGUACAACAAAUUCUACUCUCAUUUAGGAGCAAGGAUUUGCGAGUACCAAUCAUCUUGCAAAUUUACGAUACAGCUUGCGUUCUGGGAUGUCUUUAAACAGUUUGAUGACAUGAGUGUGCGCAAAGCUGCUAAUCUUGCUAAACUUUUGUUCAGUCUGAUUGUCGACCAUCACAUUUUGAAGCUCAACGUUUUGAAAGCGAUUGAUAUUUCUUCCCCAGACGAGCUCUCCGAGACGGCGCUAGUCUUUACAACAGUUCUUUUGUCUAGUAUUAUGGAAAAAUUUGACGAUCCAUCUCAGGUCCAGCAACUUUUUGAGACGGGAAUUUCUCAUAAAAAAGCGAUUGCAUCCGACAGUGUGGACGACAUCGAUGGAUUUGGAGAAGCCGACGAGAGCGAGGCAUUAAGGGCUAGCCUCACCAUUUUUUUCAUGCAAGUCCUUAAGGGAAGCCCAAGGUACAAGAAAGGAAGCAGAUAUCGUGCGAAUCUGAAGGCUGCCAUUAAAUCAUGUGAUGUGGACGAGUUCUUUUAA